UGUAAUAAGGAAGCUAUUUCUCUUCCAAGCCCAUGGCUGAAAAGUUGUUAGUAAGAGCACUGAAGGGCGGUAAAAGCACUAAAAUUGUUACCUUAAAUGGAAAGAACAUGACAAAGAUGCCCUCAAUGUUAGAAAAACUGCCCGGCUUGAAGACUCUAGACCUUCAGAAUAACCGAAUCCCCAAAGUGUGCCCAGAGAUAAGCACCUUGACCCAGUUGACAGCACUAAAUCUGGGAAACAACCUUUUGGAAGAAGUUCCAGAAGAGAUGAAAUACCUUACAUCCUUGAAGAAGCUCCAUUUAUUUGGAAAUAAGAUUCAUAGAUUUGCAUCUGGAGUAUGUGAUGGCUUACAAAAUUUGAUCCUGCUUAAUCUGAACAACAAUCAGCUUACAUCGAUUCCUCAAGAAAUCAGCAGAUUAAAAAGCCUUACAUAUCUGAGUAUAAAUCAUAACCAGCUAGCCAGCAUUCCUAGAGAACUUUGUUUCCUUGAGAAUCUUUCUGAACUUCAACUUAACUACAAUCAGCUCAUUUGUAUACCCAAAGAGAUUAAUUUCUUGAAGAAGCUCCAGAAGCUUCUUCUGGUCAGGAACAACAUUGAAUCUUUGCCAGAGGGACUUUGUGAUCUUUUGAACCUAAGAAUCCUAGACAUAGCUGGAAAUGUUAUUCAGAUAUUUCCACCAGGAUUUCAAGACCUGAAGCUGAGGGAGUUCUACUGUGAGGGAAACCCACUCUUCCUGAAGCAGCCGGUUAAUGCUGUAAAACACAAGGACAUCUGGAGUCUACAGGAAAUAACAUCAAGAUUUAUAAUGAAUCAGCUAGCAGAAAAAGAUCCUUUCCUAAUGCAAGCCAUAGAAUGGUACCCACAGGUCAGGAACAUAAUCUCGCAGGGAAGAAAAUGUGCAAUAUGUGGAAAGUCCUUUUUAACCACAUGGCUGGAAUGUGUUGAGUUUUUUCCUCCAUCAAAGAACUGGAAAAUAAGCAGAAAUCUACAGCUGGUACCACUUCGAAUAUUAAUUUGUUCUUACAAAUGUUUUAAUCAACGUGACCCUAAUCUCUUUGGAAUUGCUCAAGUGUAG